AUGCCAGCAGCCAGGAGGAUGCACGCCAGCAAGCUCCACGAGAGGUUGAGCAACUGGGCGGCGAUUCACCGGCAAGCUGCAAGCAGUGCCCAUGUUCGGAGGCUCCUUUUGUGCCUGCAUGCCAUGGCUCCCAUGGCACGAGAACCCGAGAUGCAGAGCUCGAACUCCCUCGAUGGUGACUUGCCCGAGCGGCUGGAGCGGCUUCGCAUUGAUGCAAAAUCGCAGAAGCAGGAGCUCGCAGCCAUCGCUGAAGGUUGCGAAAGCAAGAGCUCCAGCUAUCUAGCGGCGCACUCUCCGACUGCACAAAGCGUUUCCGACGAAUUCUCAAACAGGAGGCUGCGAAGGAGACAGCAGAGCAUGGGAGGCGAUUUCAUCACUGCUUCUCCAAAGGAACCGCAGCACGAACUUGGGAGCUCUUGGCGUGGAAAGGCCCGGCGCUGGGCGAAGUACAUUGUCGACAACAACUACAACACAAACAGUCUUGCUCUGGUGGUUCUUUUCGAUGCGUACCUGACGGCAAAUGAUAUUGAUGCCAGGGCUGCCGGACAAGAGCCUUCGGCAUUUGUGCGCGCAUGCUCCGAUAUAUGCCUCCUGCUCUACACAGCUGAGCUGCCCCUACUGUUUUUCGUUCGAGGGCGCCGCAUACUGAAAGAUUGGAUGGUUUUGCUCGACAUGGUCAUUAUUGCGUGUGGAUAUGCCGAGUGGGUGUUGACCAGCGCAGGGGAUGCGUUGACGUCGAGGAUCAACAUCAACAUGUUGCGCCCGCUUCGUCUGGCAAGAAUUAUUCGCCUCAUGCAGUUCUUGAGGAAGACCCGCUCUUUGAAGGAGUUGCAGAAGCUGGUGACCAUGUUGGCAACAUGCCUGAAAACUUUGGUUUGGAGCUUCCUGUUUGGUUUCGUCGUCAUGACGAUGUGGGCCAUGUUGAUGGUUGAGAUCGUCCAUCCGCUCAUCCACGACGUUCAAGAGCGAACGAACGUCUUUGGUGAUUGCGGCCGGCAGUGCUUGCAAGCAGCAUCUUCUGUCAUGAACGCCAACCUGUUGCUAUUCAAGACGGUGGUGGCGGGAGACAGCUGGGGUUUGAUCGCGAUACCUGUCAUACAGGACCACCCAGCGACAGCCGUCAUUUUCGUGGGUUCCCUCCUUACUCUGGUCUUUGGAGUGCUGCAGCUCAUGGUUGCCGUUGUGGUGGACACCUUUGCCGAGGUUCGCGAGAACGACGUUGUAAACUUGGCAGCUGAGUUGGAGCACAGUCUCAAGAACGACCGCAAGUACUUGCAGAAGAUUUUCGAUCGCUUGGACGAGAGUGGGACAGGAGAGCUUACGUUGCAGAACUUGAUGGAUGGAGCUAGAAAAGACGCAGAGUUCCAGAGCCGCCUGCGUGUGAUGGACAUUGACGAGGUGGAUCUCCAGCAGCUGUUUGAGAUGAUUGACGCCGACGGUUCAGGUGCAAUCGAGGCCGCUGAGUUCAUUGCACCGUUGAGCCGUUGGGUGCGCGAUUCGAAGACUGCACCGCGUUUCAUCAAGUACAAUCUUCAGCAAACUAUGCAGACGCAGGAGGAGCUUUUAAAGAUGUCGCAAUACGGUUUCGCCGUCAUGAAUCAAAGGAUCGAGGAGUUGUCCGAGACACUGAGAGGUAUGGACCUCGAUUCUCGUGGAGCCGAGUCCGCUUCUCCGGGCUCUUCCGCAAAGCCAGCUGCAGCGUCUGCAGCUGAACGUUUCGAGCCACACCCGCAGGUGGCUCCGGACGAGUCGGAGCUGUUUGACUUGGAUGGUUCCAUCGACGGCCAAAAUCUAGAGCAGCCUCACGACAGUGCAGGGCGGUCUUCAAGAUGCUCGGCAGGCGAAGCGCGUAGACAUGCGGGUCCUGGUCCAUAUUCUGCAGGGUUGGAAUCUACCCCGACGCCUGGAUCUGAUGGUUAUCUCAGAAAUGCGCUGCGGGAGACCAUGCUUGCUCUGGAAACCUCUUUGUCCAAAGCUACUGAUCUGGCGCUGAAGCAAUCUUUUGCUAUCGCGGAGCAAGUUCUUCAAGAUUAUUUAUCCGGCCACGACCAUAAUGAGCACCGCUCUUCGCGCCGGUCUUCCCGCCACUGGGGACAAACCACUUCACUUUCAACGUUUUCCAUGACAUCUUUGGCAUCUAUCGAAGACCAACUGUUGGAGAUCCAGGGGCAGGCUGCACAAAGGCAAGCUUCACGCCGCAACAGUGUUACGAAUAAACUGUGGACAGACUUCUAG